AUGGCGCUGGUGUACCACCCAGACAAGCCAACGGGUGACCACAAGGCCUUCAUCUGCUUGCAGACAGCAUUCGAGCUCCUGCAGGACGCGUCCAAGCGUGCCGACUACGACCAGGAUCUCCACGAUUCUGGGAGCCAGGACGGCAUGAGCAGCAUCUUCAGCGGCGAGGGGCCCGAGACGUCCACAGCCGAGUCGUUGGCGAACCCAGAGGCGCUGCGUGAGACAUUCCUCGGCGUCCCCCAGUCCAGCUGGGAGGCUCUCGCCAGGAAGCUCAGCGCCCCGAACCGCCGGGCCCUGCUGGGAUUCCUCAACGACCAUCGUGAGAGGUACGUCCAGCCGAAGCAGGCGGACAGGACGGAGGUAUCGACCACUCGGCAGAAGGGCGGCGGGGGGCCGAGCUUGGGGAUCAUUCGCAAGGGCAGCGGUUAUGCCGCAAAGGCGACCUACGGCUCUUUCAUCGUUGCCACGUACAGGGAGGACCUGACCGGGGCCAUCGACGCCCGCAUGGCCCUUCUUCAGCUCAAAACCCGGCUGGUGGAGCUCGGCGGUAUGAAGUUCAAGUCCAAGGCAUUGGCGGCCGUGGUCGUCGAAGACAAGUUCGACGACGCCAUGAGGCAGGGGAUCUCCGAGCUGCGGGCUGCCGAGCAGGCCUCUGCGUUCUACCUCAAGUUCUCGUUCGAGCUGGCCAAGCAGAGGCACCAGCGCCUGACCUCCUCCACCACCUGCGACUUGGAGGUGGCGCUCAAGGACCGGAGGGAUCUGAUCGGAGCCAGUCCUGGCGCGGAUGCUGACAGGGUGCACAGCCGCAUCAAGGCGGAGGCCAAGGCGCGGCAGGCGGAUCUCAACGACAGCGCGCGGCGCCGGGAUGGCGUAUCAGCCCUGAUCCAGCUUCUGCAGGAGACGGCGUAA